CCUACUAUAAUGCUAGCUAAGAUGGUGGUUUGAGCGUAAUUUGUCUUAACAAUACCAAGAAAAGAAAGGGCAAAACAUCUUUACAGCCUCCCGAUUAGAACAGAACCCCACGAUUACCGCUAUCGUAAGUGACCAUAUUUAGAAAUUUCACCAUUUCAGGUACAUUGGCUUGCAGCCCCCGCCCAGUUUGGUGUGACUCCUUUGGAGUGGAAUCCUAAGCUAAAUACGGACAGGCCCUGUGCUCUGUGACCAGCUCCAGUACUUCUCAACGUCGCCGUGCAAUAGGAUGUCCCACAGCCCUGAAUUGAAGGACGACCCCAUGGAGUGCCCUCUGUGCAUGGAGCCGCUGGAGAUUGAUGACGUCAAUUUCUUCCCCUGCACUUGUGGCUACCAGAUCUGCCGCUUCUGUUGGCACCGCAUCCGCACAGACGAGAACGGCCUCUGCCCCGCCUGCAGAAAGCCGUACCCAGAGGACCCCGCCGUGUACAAGCCUCUGUCACAGGAGGAAAUCCAGAGGAUAAAGAAUGAAAAGAAGCAGAAACAAAACGAGAAAAAGCAGAAGGUGACAGAAAAUCGCAAGCAUCUGGCGAGUGUCAGAGUGGUCCAGAGGAACCUGGUGUUUGUGGUGGGGCUGUCGCAGCGGCUCGCUGAUCCUGAAGUCCUAAAGCGACCAGAGUAUUUUGGGCGAUUUGGGAAAAUCCAUAAAGUGGUCAUCAACAACAGCACAUCGUACGCAGGUUCACAGGGGCCCAGUGCCAGCGCUUAUGUCACUUACAUCCGUUCCGAAGACGCUUUAAGAGCAAUACAGUGUGUGAACAAUGUGGUCGUCGACGGGAGAACACUCAAGGCUUCUUUAGGCACAACAAAAUACUGCAGUUACUUCCUCAAAAGUAUGCAAUGUCCCAAACCUGAUUGUAUGUAUCUACAUGAGUUGGGAGAUGAAGCAGCUAGCUUUACUAAAGAGGAGAUGCAGGCGGGGAAACAUCAAGAGUAUGAGCAGAAACUCCUCCAAGACCUCUACAAAAUAAAUCCUGGUUUUCUACAACCUCCAGCUUGUGGAACAGAAAAGUCAAAGAGUAAACCCAACUCCGCACAGAGAACUAACAGUAGCAACGGUAAAGAAGGCUGGCCGACGCUGUCGGGGCACAACAAACUGGUCAACGGACUUUCAGAAGACCGCAAGUCCCCUCCGCUGUUAGACUAUCUAGACCAGGAAGCUAGUAAUUCAGAUGGGCUAGAAUCAGAGCUGGGUCCAGGCCAGCGUCCCACCUUAUCCCCCUUCUCCUCCAACUGUGACAGUAAUAGUCCCAAUGACAAACCUCCAGAAUCGAUUGGUAUGGUCAAUGGAGAAACUUUACAACAGAUGCCCACAAGCGAUUCCCCUUCCCCUCCUCCGGGUCUAACGAAACCCAUCCUGGUGGUUCCCAUCAGCAUGUCGGACCUCUCGGCCCGUUCGCCCUUUGAGGGUGCUGCGGCAGAGUCCCAGUCACUUUUUUCAGACAACAGUAACUUCAGACACCCAAACCCUCUCCCUGCUGGCCUGCCCCCCUUCCCCAGCUCCUCCCGGGGCAGUUCCGACUGGCCCAUGACACCAGAACCACAGAUACUCUUCACAUCAGACACAAUACCAGUGUCUUCCUCAACAGACUGGCAAGCGGCCUUCGGUUUCGGCUCCUCUAGCAAACAGCAGGACGACGAUCUGGGCUUCGACCCCUUCGACGUCACCCGAAAGGCUCUCGCCGACCUGAUAGAGAAGGAGCUAUCGGUUCAGGAUCAGAGCCCCUCGUCUCCCGGGCCGCUCGCGCAUGGGAGCGGUCACAGUCCGGGCCUGCCGCCGUCCAAUCUCAGCACAUCCCACCACUUCCCCGGUGGCCUGCCGCGCGUCCACCCGCUCCACCACAGAGCCAUCUACAGCUCCUUCAGUUUCCCUGGCGGCCACAACAGCCAGGCCGGUCAGCAGCAGCAGCAGCCCCCCGCCACCAGACACCCCUGGAUGGGCAUCCCCACACGAAAUAACCUCGCACAUUUGAACCACUCAGCCAGUGCUGCCUCACACAGUAACAUCCUGGACCUGAAUCUGCCCCCUCAGCACAACACAGGGCUAGGCGGGAUUCCCAUCUCAGAAAACAGCAGCUCUAUAGACGGCUUAAAUGUGAAAGAGUGGCAGGACGGACUGAGAGCUCUCCUGCCCAACAUCAAUAUCAACUUCGGUGGCCUCCCCAACUCCUCCUCCUCUUCAUCUUCCUCGUCCUCCAACAGUGUUAACCACAUCGGCGGGCCAACGGGGCCGGCAGGCAUUUCGCACAGCCUCAGCUGGGACAGCACGGCCAGUUGGAUGGAUCCUGCUAUCAUCACAGGCAUCCCCGCCUCGGCCAGCAGCAGUUUAGACUGUCUCCAAGACGACAACCCGCCACACUGGCUCAAGUCCCUGCAGGCGCUAACAGAGAUGGACGGUCCUGCCGGCUCCGCGGCGCCCGCCCCCCCACAGCCCCUCCACAGCGGCCUUCUCGACGGCCACCUCCCCCUCCACCACAGAGCCCCCAGCGGCUGGGCUCCCUACCUGCCCCCUCCCACAGCCAACCCCACCGGUCAGUUCCACUCCCCUCCACCAGGCUUCCAGACCGCCUUCAGACCCCCAGGACAGCCCGCCACAGAGCUACUACAGAGUGCCGCCGUGGAUCGCCACUGAAUAGACUGGAGCAGACAUCCUACCCUCCUCCCUUCUUCCCCACCCUCCCACCCCACUUUAUACCCACUUAUCCUGUCCCACUCUCCCUUCUCUCCCAAUGCAAUACACACCAAUCUGCAGAGUAUGAAAAAUUAACAAAAUAACAAACUUGCUUUCUUCUUUUUUCUCUUCCUCCUUCCUUUGUGUCUACUCUGAAGGCCUGUUUGUUUUUUUUUGUUUUUGUUUGUGGCACACAGUUAUCCAGUUCCCUUCGUCUGCCGCCAUCACCUUUAGACCUAGUUCUGGGCGUAACAUGGGAUUCGUUGUGUAGCUUUACCGUCAGCAGAAAGCACAAGAAUCAGUAGAGCAUUAAAGUGCCCAGCGGUGACACACGAGCUAACUCCACAAACUGGCAAAAGAAACAAAUUAACAGAAGUGAGGUCUUCUUAAACAUAUAUAUAUAAAAAAAGAAUAAAUUAACAUGAUUACGCAUGAUAACAUUUGUGUUUUUUGGAAAGUCGAAGUCAUGACUAGUUUUUUUUGAGGAAUGAAGCUGUGAAUCUGCUCUUUGAAGCUUUGCCCCAAAGACGCUCACUCUCCCCCCUUCCCGCCCCGUCUGAGCAGGAGACUGAAACGGUUCAACCUUGCAGCCUCGUUGGGGAUCGGUCGAGGUGAGAGAGAGAUGAAUUAAACGAGAGUGGGUUUUAUAAACUAUUAAGGGCAGGGAGGGAGGGAGAAAAGGAGAGAUCGGGUUGGAGAGCGUUUUCAGAUGCUGCAGGAGUUUAGGGCACAGGCUAUGCAUGGACUCCCUGUUGGGUACGGGCACAAAUGGCCCGCAUCAGAGGCCGCUUGGCUCAUACUCUCUUUAGUAAAGGGGCUCCCAUGGGCCCUCGCGUUCUGCUUGAGGGAGAGUUUUGCUGAACCUCUGUAUCAGAGGAUAGAGCAGUGUCUUACCGCAGGGAGCCAGGGGCUGUGGGAAAUCACGGCACACAUCCUGAGCACUAGGGUUAGACUCUUUACUCACAGUGCCACUGUGUGGUACCUACAAUAG